UCUUCUGACUUUGCUUUUACACAAAGGUUCUGUGAUAUUUCUGCUCCUCCGUUUAAAAGCCAGAAGAUUUUACAGCAAUAAGGUUUUCAAAACCCGGAAUUUGCAUUGUUUUUCAGUGCACUGACUUCCAGGACAAGGACUCAUCUGCACCCGCCCAAAUACCAUGGCACUGCGUGCGCCCUUUGCCACCGGAUCCUCCCCUUCCAAUGAGACUUUCUGAUUGUGUCUACCAACUCUCCUAUUAGGAAACCCGUGGGUUGCAUGCAGCUAUUCUGUUGUAUUCUCUUUCUCACUCCCUCCCCUCUCUCACUCACACUCUUGCUGGAGGCACACCAAUACCGUUCUGCUGAGAAGAAAAAGCCCACAACUACCGUAAGCGAUUAAGACAAUAUGCGCAACUCUCGCCUUUCAUAGCCACCACUAUUUAAAUCUGGCAAGAGCCAACACCAGUCUUUGCAAGAAUGGAGUCGGUAAAACAAAGGAUUUUGACCCCAGGAAAAGAGGGGCUAAAGAAUUUUGCUGGAAAAUCCCUUGGCCAGAUCUACAGGGUACUGGAGAAGAAGCAAGACACCGGGGAGACCAUCGAGCUGACGGAGGAUGGGAAGCCCCUGGAGGUGCCAGAGAAGAAGGCUCCACUCUGCGACUGCACCUGCUUUGGCCUGCCGCGUCGCUACAUCAUCGCCAUCAUGAGCGGCCUGGGCUUCUGCAUCUCCUUCGGCAUCCGCUGCAACCUGGGCGUGGCCAUCGUGGACAUGGUCAACAACAGCACCAUCCACCGCGGGGGCAAGGUCAUCAAGGAGAAAGCCAAAUUCAACUGGGACCCAGAAACCGUGGGGAUGAUCCACGGUUCUUUCUUUUGGGGCUACAUCAUCACCCAGAUUCCGGGCGGCUACAUCGCGUCUCGGCUGGCCGCCAACAGGGUUUUUGGAGCUGCCAUACUUCUUACAUCUACUCUGAAUAUGCUAAUCCCAUCAGCAGCCAGAGUGCAUUAUGGGUGUGUCAUCUUUGUCCGGAUACUGCAGGGGCUUGUUGAGGGUGUCACCUACCCAGCAUGUCAUGGGAUAUGGAGUAAAUGGGCUCCUCCUCUAGAGAGGAGUAGAUUGGCAACCACUUCCUUUUGCGGUUCAUAUGCUGGAGCUGUAAUUGCAAUGCCUUUAGCUGGCAUUCUUGUGCAGUAUACUGGUUGGUCUUCAGUAUUCUAUGUCUAUGGAAGCUUUGGAAUGGUCUGGUACAUGUUUUGGCUUUUGGUGUCUUAUGAGAGUCCUGCAAAGCAUCCUACUAUUACAGAUGAAGAACGUAGGUACAUUGAAGAAAGCAUUGGAGAGAGUGCAAAUCUUUUAGGUGCAAUGGAAAAAUUCAAGACCCCAUGGAGGAAAUUUUUUACAUCUAUGCCUGUCUAUGCAAUAAUUGUUGCCAACUUCUGCAGAAGCUGGACAUUUUACUUACUGCUGAUUAGUCAGCCAGCAUACUUUGAGGAAGUCUUUGGAUUUGAAAUCAGCAAGGUUGGCAUGCUAUCUGCUGUGCCACACUUAGUAAUGACAAUUAUUGUGCCCAUUGGAGGACAGAUUGCAGAUUUUCUAAGAAGCAAGCAAAUUCUUUCAACUACUACAGUAAGAAAGAUCAUGAAUUGUGGUGGUUUUGGCAUGGAAGCAACCCUGCUUCUGGUCGUUGGCUAUUCUCACACUAGAGGGGUAGCUAUCUCAUUCUUGGUACUUGCAGUGGGAUUCAGUGGAUUUGCUAUUUCUGGUUUCAAUGUUAACCACUUGGAUAUUGCUCCGAGAUAUGCCAGUAUCUUAAUGGGCAUUUCAAAUGGUGUUGGCACGUUGUCAGGAAUGGUUUGCCCUAUCAUUGUUGGUGCAAUGACAAAGAAUAAGUCACGCGAAGAAUGGCAGUAUGUUUUCCUGAUUGCUGCCCUGGUCCACUACGGCGGAGUUGUAUUUUAUGCAAUAUUUGCCUCAGGAGAGAAGCAACCCUGGGCAGACCCUGAGGAAACAAGUGAAGAAAAAUGUGGAUUUAUCCAUGAAGAUGAGCUCGAUGAAGAAACAGGGGACAUUACUCAAAAUUAUAUAAAUUAUGGUACCACCAAGUCUUAUGGUGCCACAACACAGGCCAAUGGAGGUUGGCCUAAUGGUUGGGAAAAGAAGGAGGAAUUUGUACAAGAAGAAGUACAAGACUCAUACACCUAUAAGGAGCGAGAUGACUAUUCAUAACAAAGCUAAUUGCUGGAUUUAUUUUUAGUGUUUGUGAUUAAAUUAAUUGUGAUUGCACAAAAAUAAAAAAAAAAAA